ACGAAACGACAAGGGAGAUAAUGCCAGCUAUCCCAAAUAUUUCGUAAAGUUUUUCGGGAGAUUUGCAGACAUGAAUGGAAGAAACUUCUUAUUUAAGCACAAGAAAAAACUUAAAGAUAUUUGCAAGGCAUAUUUACUUACUGGUGCACGAGAAUCAGGAGUGCAAAAUGAUGCAGCAUCACCUAUGUCAGUGUAUAUGUCUAGAGUUAAUCAGGGACAGCUAACUGAGGAUGAAUACCAGAAGAAAAUAGUUGCCUCCCUUGAUAGAUUAAAUUCUCAGCUAUUAGAUUAUAGACCUCCAGUUAAAGCUAAUGCAUUUAUUGAAAAGUUCUUCGGCCAACAGAAGGUCAAUGCCCCUAAAGGAUUGUACUUGUAUGGAAGUGUUGGUUGUGGUAAAACUAUGUUGAUGGACCUGUUCCAUGACCAGUGUCAGGUGGAGAAGAAACAGAGGGUGCAUUUUCACAAGUUUAUGUUAGAUGUACAUCAAAGAAUUCAUUCGUGGAAACAGUCUUUACCUCGUGAAGUGAAUGUGAAGAAGUUGCACUCAUAUGACCCCAUACCUCCAGUUGCACAGAGUAUCAGUGAUAGUACCUGGUUGCUCUGCUUCGAUGAAUUUCAGGUAACAGAUAUAGCCGAUGCCAUGAUACUGAAGCGACUGUUCACAGAACUGUUAAACAAUGGUGUAGUUGUCGUAGCAACCUCAAACAGAGCUCCGGAUGAUUUGUACAAAAACGGUUUACAGAGAGCAAAUUUUGUGCCAUUUAUUGGAAUUUUAAAGAAAAAUUGUGAAGUACUUUGCCUAGAUUCUGGUAUAGAUUACAGAAUGACAGCUCUUCCUGCAGAGGGAAAACUAUAUUAUUUAACAAGCAAUGAGAGAUGUGAUGAAUUAGUAGAUGAAGUGUUUGAAGAACUGAUUGCAGAGGAAGAUGAUAUGGUACAUUCAAAAACAUUAGAUGUGUUAGGGAGGGACCUUUUUCUACCAAAAACUUGUGGUAGAGUUUUAGAUACAACAUUUAACCACUUGUGUUGUCAGGCACUAGGAGCCAUUGACUACUUGGAGAUCGGUCAAAAUUUCGACUCAGUGAUUGUACGAAACAUACCGAAAAUGACCUUGAAACAGAAAUCAGAGGCCAAACGCUUUAUUGUUAUGAUAGAUACAUUUUAUGAUAACAAGGUGAGAGUUAUAUGUUCAGCAGAGGCCCUGCCACAGGGGUUGUUCACUAAAGGUACGCAGACUUUGAGAGAGGAGGACAGGAAUAGAAUGCUUAUGGAUGAUCUAGGAAUACAGGCAAAUUCAGAAUCAUCUGGUGCCAGUAUAUUCACAGGAGAGGAAGAACUAUUUGCUUUUGAGAGAACCAUAUCACGACUGGCUGAAAUGCAGACAGAGACGUACUGGAGCUACAGACAGCCAUACCCAACCUCUUGAUGAUAACUUCUUAUUAGGGGAAAAUAAUUUGUUUUAACAAUUCAUAGUAAUUAAAUGAUAAACGAUAUUAAUAUUAAAGCAAGGGCUUAGUCAAGGAGCUUUUGACACACCAGUAGUUUCAGCCGGUGUUACGUAAUGCUGUUGCAGCAUGUUGAGAUAGAAUUAUAGAAAUGGAUGUCAAACCAGAAUUUUAUACCAGUAUGAAUACGUAUCUACAGUGCUUGUAAUAGGAAGCAUUUUUUGUUGACAGCAGACAGUUUAUUACAGUUGAAAUUUGGCACAUCAAACUCCCUUAUCUUGAAAUUCUUGCAAUCUUGAAGAAAUUUUUAAGUCAUUCUUAAUGUUAAUAUGUAUUUUUACUCCUUUUGAGACUAUUUUGACAUUAGGCAACAUUUGUUUUGUCAGGGACAAUUUUAAGUCUUGUCAGUGAAAUUCCUCAUGUCAUGUUUUACAUGUACUUUUAUAUGUACUUAUAUGUACUUCUGUAUGUGGCUCCAGCAAAACAUGCAGCCAAAAAUGUCUGCACCAAGUAUCAAAUUUAAGGGGAAGUUUUGUUAUCACAAAAUACUGGUAACAUGUAUAGUUUAUGUAAAUUUGAGAUACCGAGUUUCAGCUGAAUUACAUUAACCAUAAUAAUUGAAGUACCAAUAUUUUUACCUCGUCACAAAGUACAUACCAAUACUGACAUCAUACUUUGUUAAAUAUUCUAACCAAAAUUUAUAAAAAGUCCACCUGAGCUCAAGACUUGCAGCACAAGGGUGAUAAUUUCAAAUCUCAGGCAAUGUGGAUGUUUGAUGUCAUAGUUGACUGUAGAAAAUGUUUGUGGUCACUCAUAUUCUCUGCCUGUGGGUUACUGACGAAAGAAAACAGGUUUGAUUGAUAAAAAGUUAAGGAACAUUGGUAAACUGACCAAUACAUAUAUAAUCGUAAAACUUUUGAAACUUUUUAUGCCCAAGUCAGUUUAAACAGUUAUUUCAUGUUUGUUUAUUAGUCUCUAAAUUGGGUUAUUUUUGUGCCUAUUUUGGUUUCAAACAAGCUCAUUCAGGUUCUGACUGAUAAAAAAACAUACAUUCCCAGUGAGUGAAGUACUGUGAAAUCAAUAAACUUCACCUGAAUUUCUAAAUUGGACUGGUUUUUCAUUCAAUUUGGGCAGUACCCUUUAUUAUCCGAAGGUGUGUUCUCUGAAAAUUUACUGAAUGAAUAUUGAAGACUGGUCGCAAAGGCAGAAUCACUUGCUGCCAGUGGGCUGAAAGUUAAUAUUCACGGAGACCUAGUUUUCCUAAGUUUUGUGCUGCUGUCGGUCCAUUCAGUAAAAUCCUAACGAACAAAUAUAAUCCCCAUUCUUUUUAUAUCAAAAAUGGGAAAUCCGCGAUUUCAUAUUCCCAAGAGAUAACAUAAAUGUCCAAAUCACAAAAAGGUCAGUGUCACAAAAUUAAUCAAUUGCACAGUACAUCUACAUGUAUAGUAUAAAAUGUGAAAGCCAAUUUUGUUCAAACUUGUUGCACUAAUUUCGGGUGAUUUGGUUGUGAUGAUUUAGCUGUUUAUUUAAUUAUCAGCAUACUAAACCAGAGCUUACAGACAUGUAUUUCUGUUUGGAAUUCAUUUAUUUAAAUAAAAAACAACAUGGGAUGCUCUUACUUCAGAUUAUUUACACAAGUACUCAUUAUUUUUGUUGAGCCAGCUUGUGGAAGUGAAGACAUAGUCGUCCAAAUGGUGUUCGGUGACUUAGAAUUUUUUUUAAGAUUCACUUCUGUUUGUUGUUACUAUAAAUAACUUACCGGUAUAUUGUAACUUUUUUCAUUUGGCAUAAAGUGUCAUGUGCAGCUCCCAGUCUUUUUUGACAGCUGGCGGGCUCGACAUGUAGCCUGUAGGCAUCUGGUUUUCAGUAUACUCACUUACAUAGGACUUCUUAAAUUUUUUUGCUAGAAAAAUGUUUUAAACUUUUUGUGUCAGUCAGAAUAGAACAAAUCUUUACAGCUAACUUUCAUUGGCUGCUUUAUUUGUUUAUUUUAUUCAUUUAACUAUUGUUUUACAUCUUCUGUUAAAUUUAUUCAUUUUUAUCUAUGUUUAAAAUGUUUACCAUUUACAUUUAAUAUACUUAGAACUACACUGGAAACCCUGUACACUGAGCAACCACUGGCGACUAAGGGACAAUCCCGGAGAGCAGGGGAAGUUUAGGGUGGGAAUUUCCUGUCACAACUAUUAGAUGUGAUACUGUUAAAUCAUUUAUAUUCAUGGGGACUAAUUUUUGUGGAUGCUUUGGUUGAGUCAAUCCACGAAAAUAAAUCCCACCAAAGAAGUAAAUUUCUCAUUAUUAUAUGCUUAAAGGUCAAAUUCCACCAAUUUAUAUCUCAACGAAAAACCUCUGACCAAAACCCUGAAAUUGUUAACCCAUGAAAUUAAAUGAUUUUACAGUAAUUUUCAGUGGAAAAUCUUAUUCCAGACUUUGAAAAAUGUACAGUUAUGAAGAGUGUCUGCUUGUCAGGGUCUCCAGGGAUUGUUCUGUAACUAUAAUUUAUUUAUUUUACAUGUUUUGCAAACGAUGUUACUACUGUACAUUUUGAUGUCUGGCUAUAUUUUGUCUUAAUUUUUGACAUCAAAGUGUAAUAAAGACUCACCAGUAUCUGGCAUUCAGUUUUGUAGCUGUGCACUUCAAUAUAAUUUGCUAUCAAAUUGCCUUAUAAGAUCACUGUUGAAACAUGUUUAUUUAUCAUUUUACAUUUAUUUUGAGUUGUGAGGGUUCUGGUUAUCUAAUACUGGACAUUUUGCAAUAUCAGAUACUUAAUAAAGGUUUUGUCUUUGCUUGUGCCAUAAAUUUUCUUUCAGAGUACAGUAAAAUACAGAUUAAUCAAAGUCACAAGGGGGUGAGAUAAAUGCUUUAGCUGUCCGAGAGUUUGAGACAUCUAAAAAACAAAAUAUAAGAAUCUUUCACUGGUUGAAGGUGUGGUUACAAAUAUCUGGCUCGAGGGUAACUGUUUAGGCAGUAAUGCUGCUUUGCCAGAUAUUUUCACCCACACCUUCAACUUGUAAUAUCUUCCUUUUCUUGCAUGCCUUAUUCUUUAAUUUAUAGAAGAAAUAAAGUUUUCUUUAAAAACGCAAUUUUUUGCAGUAACAUAUGAAUUUAAGCAUUCAUUCCUAAAUUACAGCAUGUGAGUCAUCUUACACUACGUGAUGUAAGGAGAGGUUUUCUAGCACCGCCAAAAACACUUGGGAAAAUUCUGCUGGGCAUGCAAGAAAAUAAAGGAAAAACAGCCAGGAACCUCAUAAAUUGUAAAUUUUGUAUUUGCCCCGAGUUUGGUAUUAACUCAGUCUGUUUCAUGAAAUUAUGAUUUGCAUAAUUUACCUGAUACUGAGUCCAUUAAUUCAUUAUUUUGAUAUUUUUCACAAGCAUUAUUCACGAGAGUUUUGAAUUUGCUCACUCUGUAUGCAAAAUGUUAGUGAAAGUUAACGCUCGUGAAUAUUAUCCUCCCUCCAAUGCAAAGUAGCCAGAGUCAUACUGAGGAGCUAUACCUUUUACCUUUUGAAUGUGUUUACCCAUGUCAUAAAAUUAUCACAUUUUGUUUGAGGUUUUAAACAGUUUUUUAAACAUAUCAGCAUUUCUGUGCAGUGAAAGUUAAGACAACAGUUACUAAUUACUUAAAAUAAGUGUCCUUUGAGCAGAUCGAUAAAAACAGGUUUAUUAUUAGAUACAAGUGAACUAAUCUGUUGUUAAGAAAAUAUUUAUAUCUCAGAAUUUAGGAAACAGUAUUUACAUCUACUAACAACUUGAAUGCAUAUUGUAUGGUCAUGUUUAUUUAUGUAAAUAUUGUACAAUCAGUUUAUGAAUUUGAGCACUUGUUAUUUCUUUCAGAUAUGAAUAUGUUAAUAUUAAAUAUUGAUAGAAUUAAUGUGAACUUUGUUCAUUGAGGUUUAAUUUUUUGCAUAGACAACUUAUUAAUCCACAAAAAGUGGUCUUCCACAAAUAUUAAUGAUUUCACAAUAACUAUGAUUGUUGUUUUCCUAUGUAGAAAUGUUUCUGAUCCUUUCCAGUAAAACAUAAUUUUAUCCCUCCAAUUUAUUUAUGUAACCAGUGUCGGUGUUAGUUUAAAGUAACAUAACUAUAGAUUUACUCCAAUUUUACCUUGAAAUUCAGAAAGCACUUUCAUAUACUUUUUCACAAUUUUGUGUUUUUGUAAGAGGAAAGUAAAAAGAAUUUGUUUAUACGUGAGGAUGUUCGGAAAGCUCUUUACCAUGUUAGUGAUGGGGUAAAAUAGGAGAAAGAUAUCCUUACUUAAAUAGCUGACAGCAAAAAUAAUAACUUAAAAAUGUAACUCAUUCAUGAUUAUAACAGUUGACAUACAACUGUUUGUUUUAAAAUUACUGGCAUAGGUAUAUUUUCAAAAACAUAGGGUGGGGAUUGGGGAUAGGGGCAGUUGACCAUAAAGCUUGACCAAAUUAGACAAUAUAGACUUGAAAAAAUUUUCAACAUCCAAAACGGUCCUUCCAUUACAAUGAGAUGAGCUGUCGAAUGAAUUUGUAUCUGUUUUUCUUAUAACAAAAAGAUUUCUUGUCAGAAAGUUUUGUGUAAGCAGAGUAUAUGUUACAGUUGUUUUCAAGUGGCCUCUGUGGCUGAGCGGUUAAGGUCACCAACUUACUCUCAUUCGCUCCCCACCGAUGUGGGUUCAAGCCGCGCUUGGGGCAUUGGAGACUUCAUGUGAGGAAGCCAUCCAGCUGGCUUACGGAAGGUCGAUGAUUCUAUCCAGCUGCCUGCCAGUGAUGUAAUAAUGCAUAGGUCACAUUGGGUUUUCCUCCAUUAAAUGCUGGAAAAUUGCCAUAUGAUCUAUAAUUGUGUCAGUGUGAUGUUAAACCCAAUAAAAGACCCCCCCCCCCCACACCCACCAAAAAAAACAAAACAAUUGUUUUCGAUUUCUUUGCAAUUGAUAUUAGAAGUAAGGUAGCUAAAUCAUUGUUGAUUUUACAAAACUUGUUAUUGGUUUAUAGAUAUUGUUGGUCAGUGUGAUACAAAUAUAUUUAUUCAAGAUGUACAGUGGAAAUAAAGGUUACCAACACCA